GGAGCCAUGGCCAUGGCGAGGCCGGGGGCAACGCGGCCCUGCAAGGCACUGUCGUCUGGGAGGCUAACGGGAGCAGCUAAAUUUACAAAUGGAAGAAAACAGUUUGCCUUUAGAAAAGGAUGUAAUGUGGAUGGGGUGUCUGGAUACCAUCUUAAUUCUACUGACUCUGACAAUCAGGUUGAUGGUGUUCAAAAUGGACUUGGGCAUUGUGCAGCUUUACUGAAGAAUAUCUUACAAAAUGAAACCACAGGAAGGGAGACCAUCCACAAACACCCUGGGAAAACAACUUCAGUUAAAAUUACUUCCAAGCCUUUGCUAACCAAAGGAAAUGCUCCCAAGAAGAAAGGGGUGAAAAAAUCCACUACUCCUGCCCACAUCCGAAAAGAAGUUGUGCAAAUAUCCCACAGGAAACCUGCCUCAUCCACCACACCUACUGAGAGGGAACUUCCCAGUUCAGCCCAGAAUCAGAUGGUUCAACCAGUUCAUGUGCCUUGCAGCCAACACUCUCCUGUGAUGCAUCAGAAAGUGUGCGAGCAUGUGCAGACUCAGAUGUCUCUGAUAACUGACCAGCCACCACGGAGCAGUAACCAAAUUCCUGCUGUAACUCACUUUCCUACCUCAAAUCAUGGGUGUCAAAAUGUUACAGCUUUUAGUUAUCGGUUGCCUUCCUCCACAUCAGCUCUGCCCCUGCAGUAUUCAGCUAAUCCCUUAUCCACUCAUUGAUUAUUUCUUCAGGAUGUUCCUGUAGAUGGUGGCCAUGAAGGCGUGCCAGUGAUGGGAGGACCUGUGCUUUGCCCAGUGGUGUCUGCUGCUCCUGCCACUGCUGCACAAACAGAGCCUGCAUUGGCUUUUCCUAGUGUAGCAUCAGGUGCAUUGGGUAACUCUACAGUGGCUACAUUCACCCCAGCAUCUUCUGGCAGAGACAUGACCCCAAACCAUGAGCAACAGGUGAAAGAAGCAGAUUUGAUAAGAUGUAUGCAAGCUUACCUUGCCCUAUUACAGUCACAUGAAACUAUGAAUGUCAGGACUGAACAGGAGCACCAUCAUUGUGCAGCAAAACACCAUGCUUCAAGUAGCAAGGAGGAUGACACUUCUGAAGAUCACAGUGAGGGCACAGUCAGUGAAGAAGAUGAAUUGAAUGUACUUGAUACAGCCCCGGUGAGAGAUAAAAGCUGUUGGACAAGUUCUGCGAAGAAUGUUCUAAAAUCUAGAAAAGAAAGUCCAGAAAAAACAGCCCAUAAAAUUAAGACUCUAAAAUACCUUCUGGGAGAGCUGAGGGCACUGAUAACAGAUCGAGAUGAUUCAGAAAUGUUAAGGUUGAUGAAUGAACUAGAAGACUGCGUAUCACUGCUCCCGGCUGUGGUGGGAAGUACCAGCAUACAAACUGAAAUAGCACUGGCUUUACAGCCUCUCAGAAGUGAAAAUGUCCAGCUGCGUAGGAGACUAAGAAUAUUAAAUCAGCAACUCGGGGAUCAAGAAAGAAAUGAGAAAACACCUGGACAGAGCUGCAGCUAUGAAUUAGUUUCUUUACAGUCCUUGAAUAGGAUGCUCCAGAGUCAAUUGCAAGAAUCACUGAAAGGCCUUGAGUCACUGCAAGCUAAAAAUGAAGAACUACUUAGAAUAAUAGAAUGCCAAAAAGAAGAAAAUAAACAUCUUGCAAAAGAUAUUCAAAGUAAAGAAGAAGAAUUGCUUGAAAACAAACAGCAUUAUGACAUUCAUUCCACCAAGCUCAAGAUUGAAGUGGAAGAGGCAUUAUCCAAUGUGAAAAACCUGCAGUUUAAGCUGGAAGCUUCAGAGAAAGAAAACAAGAUUUUGGGCAUAACGUUGCGUCAGCGUGACGCAGAAGUUAACAGACUGCGGGAGUUAACCAGGACCUUGCAGGGCAGCAUGGCCAAACUUCUGUCUGACCUCACAGUAGACAAUAUUAGACCCAAACCUGAAAAAAGUCUCUCGAAGUCUCUUUUGGAAGACCAUGAAAAGCAGAUGCAACCAGAUCCUUAUCCUGGGAAUACUUCAGUAAUGACUUACCUUAAAAAACUAGAAACUGAUCAUAUUUUGACAGAUACAGAGCUUCAGUUCUCAACUAAAAGCAGAGAAUUAGAAGUUCAAAAUGUAGCCCAUGAAAAGCUGGCUGCUGAAGGAAGUAAACUAGACAGGGUAUUCUCAGAAGAAGUAACAUCAACUCCCAAACUGCUAACCUCACUGAAGCAAGAUGCAGAAACAGGGAGUGAUUCAGGUACUUUACUAGAUGAGCAAACCAAGUUGGAUGAGACUCUUUAUAUUCCUUUGACUAGCAGUGCUGUGAAAAAACAGAUACCAGUCUCCGAAAGAACCAGUGUGCUACCCCAAAGUAGAGGAGCUUGUAAAAUGCUGGACUACCAUUGUGAGCUCUCAAACUCGGUGCAGCAGAAUGACUCUGAGAUUGCAAAGGAUUCGGUUGUUACGGAUAAAUUAAAUGCUGGGUACAGUGUGAAAGUCACUGUGGAAAACACACUUGAAGUUAGAGGGGAUAAAGUGAAGCCAGAAGGAGACAAAGGCCAAAUGAGGCCAAACCCCACUCCAAAUGGAGCUGCAAAAGACUUCACAGACAAACCAAACCAACCUCAGACUGUUACCUACCCUCCUGUACCAGCACUGUUUCCAAAAGAGGUUUCUCAAAAAAAAGGCAGUGGAAUAGCUGAUUUUAGUUUCAUUUCAUUUGAUGAUAUAUCAGGGAAGUCUGAAUGGAGUGCAUCCUCUUUCUCAACAUUUACUUCUCGAGAUGAAGAGGAUUUUAAGAACAGCUUAGCAGCCUUGGAUGCCAACAUAGCUAGGUUACAAAGAACUUUACAGAACAGCAUUAUGAAACGAUGAAUAGCAGGGAACAAAUGGGAUUAUUUUUUUUUUCUGAAGUAUGUUAAUAAGUAUGGUACUGAUACAAAUAUUUGUGGCUUUGGUAUGAAAUGACUUGUUCCUAGCUGUUUUAAUUAUGGAUGGGAUUGGUUCCUAUUUAAGCUACGGUGCUGCUUUCUGUGAUGUUUACAACUUGAA